GUACCGGAUGAAGAAGCGUCUAAAAUGGCGGGCUUGACGGUUAGGUUUCGGGACAGGUGGGAGCUCCGGUUUGACGAGCUGCUUGUUUGUUCUCCAUACAAAGAGAGCAGAGCCGGAGAAACACUUUACAUUUAAAAAAUAAAAACAAAAACACGUUACUGCUAAAUUAAAUCAUCCGUUAAUUUAAAAAAAAAAAGUAAUAAUUAUGACGGCUUUUGUGUGAAAAAUGUCCGACGGAGGAGAGAGAAAUUCAACAGAAACUGCGCAGUCAUAGUUUAAUGGGAGCGGUGACCUGAGCAGAUAUGGCAGCUGACGACAAGGUUGCCAUCCUGACGGACGACGAGGAGGAGCAGAAGAGGAAGUAUGUGUUGGCCGAGCCGUUCAACACCCUGUCGAUGGAGCGGCGGCAGCAGCAGGCGGCUGUCUCUGGGACGCCAGCUCCCGUCGCAGACGUACCGCCCGAAGUACCACCACCCUUGAACCAAGACUCCAUAGACUGCUGCGAGAGGAUGUGUCUCCGCAUCAACAGCCACCUCCUCAUCUCCAAAGUCUUCUACUUCUUUUUCUACGCCGCCUACGGCUCCCUGCACCCUCUGCUGGCCGUGUACUACAAGCAGCUCGGCUUGUCGGCCAGCCGCAGCGGGCUGCUCGUCGGCAUCCGUUACUUCAUAGAGUUCUGCAGCGCCCCCUUCUGGGGCGUCGUAGCAGACCGCUUCAAGAAGGGGAAAGCCGUCCUGCUGUUUUCUGUUCUGUGCUGGUUGGUGUUUAACUGCGGCAUCGGCUUUGUCAAUCCAGCCGACAUGAGGUGUGAGGAAAAAGGUGCUGCUCCUCUGACGACGGUGGCGCCUGUGCCGACGACGCACGGUAACACCACGCAGCCGACAAACUCCACCAACCACACCAGAAUCCGCCGGAGUUUUCUAGACCUAGAAAAUAGUUUUUCUGAUUUCAGCAGAUUCCACAGACACGAGCGAAGCGUAGACAAUGGCACGACGUUGCCUCCCUUCACACUGGCUAACACCACGCAGCACAUGCCAAGCACCACCCCCCUUAUGCCAAACACCACCACAACCACCACCACCACCACCACAACCACCACCACCACCACCCCUGCUCCAACCAAAGCUAAGGAGUACCAGAUCAUCUACAACAAGGACCAGGUGGAGACCAUCUUCCUGCUCAUCCUGCUGGUCAUCAUCGUGGGCGAGUUCUUCAGUGCUCCCGCCGUCACCAUCGUGGACACCGUCACUUUGCAGUAUCUCGGUAAAGCCCGCGACCGUUACGGCCUGCAGAGGAUGUGGGGCUCACUGGGCUGGGGUCUGGCCAUGCUGACCGUGGGCAUCUGGAUUGACCACACGCACAUCGCAGCACAUGUUAUCGGCGAGGGCUGCGACAAGUUGCAGUCCGGCUUCCGCCUCCACAACUACACGAUCGCCUUCAUUGUGUUUGGCGUGCUGAUGGGCCUGGCGUUCAUCGUGGCCACUCAGUUUUACUUUGAAAAAGGUGCCAACUACCACCACGAGCUUCCAGAGGGGGUGGUGGCGGAGGUAGAAAGCCCAAGAUCGUUAACCGAGUCCAACUCCUUGGACCAGAGUCCCAUCAGCCCCGAGUCUGCUGCUGCUGCUGUUGAGGAGUUCCACUACGGCGACCUGCUGAAGCUCCUCUGCAGCGUGCGCUACAGCUCCGUCCUGUUCGUCGCCUGGUUCAUGGGCUUCGGCUACGGCUUCGUCUUCACCUUCCUGUACUGGCACUUACAGGACCUGAAGGGGACCACCACUCUGUUCGGGGUCUGCUCAGUCCUGAGCCACAUCUCAGAGCUUGCUGCCUACUUCACCAGCCACAAGUUCAUCGAGCUGGUCGGACAUAUCAGGGUUCUGUACAUCGGCCUGGCCUGCAACACAGCUCGCUACCUGUACAUCUCCUAUCUGCAGAACGCCUGGACCGUCCUGCCCAUGGAGGUCCUUCAAGGGGUGACCCACGCCUCAGUUUGGGCAGCCUGCAUCUCCUUCCUGAGUGCAGCAGUCCCGCCGGCCUUGAGGACAUCGGCACAGGGCAUCCUGCAGGGUCUGCACCUCGGCUUGGGUCGUGGCUGUGGAGCCAUGGUGGGAGGAGUGUUCGUCAACUACUUUGGCGCUGCAGCGACGUUCAGAGGAAUCGGCAUGGCCUCCCUCGUCAUCCUCCUCGUCUUCGCCUUCAUCCAGUGUCUCGCUGGAGAAACUGAGGGGAAAGAGGACAAAAUGUUGGCUGAGAACAUCCCCGUUCCCUCCAGCCCGGUUCCCAUCGCCACCAUCGACCUGGUGCGAAGCCAGAACGAUGUCGGUAGCCCCACCCCGUCGCUUCAAGCUCCCAUUGUGCCCGUCAAGAAGACCAAACACCAGGAGGAGCAGGAGGACGUGACCAGGCCGGCCUGGGUGCUGUCUGGCGCCCCAUGGGUCACCAUCGCCUUUGCUAUCUUCCAGAUCAGGGAGAUGAUGAUAUUAGCAAAGGCCGGCGGGCCUGAGGUACAUCCACUGCAGGCACCUAAUGGGCAGGCGUCGGCCGAGUACAAGGCGGUGGAGACGUCACAAAGGAACCCGAGCGAUGACGGCACGGAUCCACCAGCCACUACAGAAACGCCCUCACAACCAAACACCGCCCACGCAGCAGCCACAGACUCUAACAAAGACCAAACGCACCCAGCCUCAGACAGAGGGGGGCCUCAAGAAAACCCAGCCUUCACAGCUGAAAACACAGACUGACUGUUCAUUUAGAAACUAUUUAAUUUACACUGUGUGUUUUAUUACUGCAGAAAUAUCCUUGUUAACAAGUCAGUUUGUCUCAAAUUCAGUACUUCAUAGCAACCAGUCAGUAUCUACACAAAAUACUGUAUUUAUGUAGAUCUAUUGUAAAAAUGAGUUUGAAUAUGAUCAAGAAAUAAGGCAGUAAUAUCCAGAAACUCAUUUUUUAAACGGUUAAAAGACUCAUGGCUUGUUUUAAUGGAUUGUUUUUGCGCAAGGGGAGUUUGGGUUGAAUGUUAGGAUGAACCUGAAGCUGUGUUUGGUGGCGUUUUUUCCCCUCCGAGGUGGCCGAUUCCAACUUACCUCGGAGCACUGUGCACUAUAUUUACUGCCCUUUACCGGUGAAGUGUGAAGGAAAUCCUUCAAAUGUAAAAUAGAACGUGCCUCUUGAUAAGUUAUUAACUUAAUUUACUUAAAAAGGGAUGAAAAACUGACAAAACGGGGAACUGAUUCAGCACUUGGAUUCCACAGUAACACGCCAGUAAAACAUGUUUUUGAAUCUCAGUUGUGACUUUUCACGCACUGCAAUACAGAUGUUACAUUUGUUUUGCAUCACACACCGUUUUUAUAUUGAUUUUGGCGUCUUGUGGACCAGCUGACGGCGGGUGAGGGGUCAUAUGUUACUUUUAAUGUGAAGUAGCAGCAGCAGGGAAUGUUGGAUUAGCAUGUAUAGCAUAUGGGGUAAAGAGGGGCUGAUAUCAAUCAAAAUGCUGGAUUAAUGAUUGUUUAGUUGAGUAGAGAACGUAAAUGCACAAAAAAAAAAAAAAAAACCAGAAGUAGUAUUAAUAUAACUCUGUUACAUGCACGGCCACAAAUUAAGCACAUUUUAUUUAUCAGCAAGGGUUAAAAACUGGCUGAAUCAUAAACAAAACUUAACUUUACUGGCUGUGUAUGUGACUGUGGUUACUUGCUAAAUUACAAAAAUACACAUAGACCUCUGAGGUAGUGUCCUCAAUAGAGUUAACGUGUGCUAAAAGGUGCUGAUGAUGACCUGCUUAUUUUGUGUACUGUUGACCUACUUUACUUAAAUAUUGGGGGGCGAGAUGAGGAACGAUGCAAACUAUAUUCAGUCUACUUAUUUUAUGUCUUGGUUGCAUUAAUUUAAUUAUUUAUACCAUUAGAAAUCUGCUGAGAAAUCUACUGGUUUCCCGUCAUACUUCAAUACUCUGGCUGGUAUUAGUAUUUAAUAAAUCCAGCAAUUGAUCCGUUUUUAAUUAAGGUUGGCGUGAUAGGAAGGAAGGAUUUGUGCAUUUUGUCUUCGAUUUUGUCACUUUUUUCGACUAAAAAUCCAGUUUUGUGCGUAUUUUUAUAAUUUAGUGAAGAGCGGUGAUGAGAAGUGCCUCCUUUAAACUGUUAAUCAUCAUUAUUCUUCUAACUUAUUAUUAGAUGUCAAGCGAGAAUCCCUUUACACUCCUACUGAAAUCUUCCAACACAGCACUCUGAGGGUCUUUCUCUGAAGAAUGAUUCCAAUAUUUUUGUAUGAAAGCUGCCAAUAGCCGACACACUAUAUUAACUGUCUUUGUCUUCAUUCCAAACAAUUCCCAGUAUUCGGUGUGUUUUUUUUGUGUGUGUGUGUGUCUUCUGACUGGAGAAACCCUGAGACACAGAAUUGGAUGAAGAAAUUCUGUUUUCAGUAAAUUAAUUCAUUAAAGGAUGUUUUGAAAAAGUGUAAAGAAAAUUUAAUACAUCCAGUUUUCCAGCCCGUUUUUCUUUGUCUGUGAUGGAAUCAUACAGGUCAGUAUCAACCCUUUAAUACAGUAUCCGUGGAUAAUAAUCUAAUUGGUAAUUCUCAUUAAAGUAACCUCUAACAAAUAAUAA